UUGAUGUGUCUGAGAGUCUCUUGACUGAUAUUUGGCAAAAGUUUAUCGAGGCUUCCCCAAUUCUGGGCCAUGUUCUCCAUUGAAUGGUCAAAAAGCCAAGGACGCAAAUCUAAAAUGGCCUCGAACAGACACUCACGCCAACGCCCGACGCUGGCGUGAAUGUUCCUCGAUCACUCCCCAGUCAGCCAACUCUUCCAUUCCAAGGACUGUAUCACCAAUCUUCCAUCUCCAAGCUUGCCUCUGUUUCGAAAGUCAUCGUAAUUGAGAUGGCAAAUAUAGAGCUCAGAGUCAGACCUUCAAAUUUCACUCAUCAAUCUUCUUCAUCGGUUAGACUAUUACCACGGCCAACAUGUCUGACUCAGAGGUUUCGUCAUUAUUCUGGGGUUCAAAUGGAGGCUUGUGUUAGAUCAUGUUACCAAAAGAGUCGUGUGGUUUCCAGAUAUUCCUCAAGAUGGAUUGAGCUUCCAUCUUCAGUUUCAAAGCAAUCAGCUGAAAAGAAUUCUUUGUCAUUGAAGGCAUUAAUGACUUCUAAAACUCAAGAUUUAUCUAAUACAUUUGUUAUUGGUGAAGAAAAGGUUGGAGUUCUGUUGUUGAACCUUGGAGGUCCAGAGACUCUUGAAGAUGUGCAACCUUUCUUAUUCAACCUUUUUGCUGACCCGGAUAUUAUUCGGCUGCCAAGAUUGUUCCGAUUUCUUCAAAAGCCUCUGGCACAAUUCAUAUCUGUGGUGAGGGCACCUAAGAGCAAAGAAGGAUAUGCUUCAAUCGGUGGUGGUUCUCCUCUUCGACAGAUAACUGAUGCACAGGCUGAAGAGCUGAGAAAGGCCCUCUCUGCAAAAAAUGUCCCUGCAAAAGUGUAUGUUGGAAUGAGGUACUGGCAUCCUUUCACUGAAGAAGCUAUUGAGCAGAUAAAAAGAGAUGGAAUAACAAAGCUUGUUGUGCUUCCUCUUUAUCCGCAAUUCUCAAUAUCAACUAGUGGUUCAAGCCUUCGACUGUUAGAAAGCAUAUUCCGGGAGGAUGAGUACCUGGUUAACAUGCAACACACUAUUAUACCUUCCUGGUACCAGCGUGAAGGCUACAUAAAGGCCAUGGCAAAUUUAAUUGAAAGAGAGUUAGAAAAAUUUGAGCACCCUGAGAAGGUGAUGAUAUUUUUUAGUGCUCAUGGAGUGCCGCUUGCUUAUGUGGAGGAAGCUGGUGAUCCAUACAAAGCAGAGAUGGAGGAGUGUGUGGAUUUGAUAAUGGAAGAACUUGAAAAACGAAGAACAACUAAUGCCUAUACUCUUGCCUAUCAGAGCAGAGUUGGACCAGUUGAAUGGUUGAAGCCAUAUACUGAUGAGACAAUCAUUGAACUUGGCCAGAAAGGAGUGAAAAGUCUUCUUGCUGUUCCUAUUAGUUUUGUCAGUGAACACAUUGAAACUCUUGAAGAAAUUGAUGUUGAGUACAAAGAAUUGGCUUUAAAAUCUGGUAUAGAGAAAUGGGGGCGUGUUCCAGCACUAGGUUGCGAGCCUACCUUCAUUUCAGACUUGGCAGAUGCUGUUAUUGAAAGUUUACCAUAUGUUGGAGCAAUGGCAGUCUCAAAUCUUGAAGCUCGUCAAUCUCUCGUCCCCUUAGGUAGUGUGGAGGAGCUCUUGGCAGUUUAUGAUUCACAACGCAGGGAACUACCACCACCUGUAACUGUGUGGGAAUGGGGUUGGACCAAAAGCGCUGAAACCUGGAAUGGCAGAGCUGCUAUGCUGGCAGUUCUUGUUCUAUUGGUUCUGGAAGUCACCACCGGUGAAGGAUUUUUGCACCAGUGGGGAAUAUUUCCCUUAUUCCACUGAAAUAGUUUGCAUUUUGCAACUCUCCCUGAAAUGUGUAUGUUUUGGGCCGAGAGCAAUACUUCCCCUUCUUUGUUUAUACACAGGAAGAGUUUAGUUGUGCAUCCACUCCACUCCACAUACCCGGAUACUCAAAUUUGUCAGUGCUCAAUUAAGAUUUGAGGAUAGAAAAAUACGUGUACUGGUGGACACUUUUGUAGAAACUAAUAAAAAAAAGUACUCGGUGGAUGUUAGGCUUCCCACACUAUUUCUUACAUCUCUAUACAUGUAAAGGCAGAAGAAUUUUCUAAUUGUGCUAAUUGUACCGCAGCUAUUCUUGCAUAUUUCCGUUCA